GAUAAAAAGGUGUUUGGCGCGGGGGAGCGACUUAUUUGAGACGGGGAAAGGGCCACAUGCUGCCGCGCACCAGGACCAUGCAGAGCUCCAGGCUGCUCAGCGGGGCGCUCCUCUGCGCACUGCUGCUGCUCUCCAGCGCCGCUGGAGCCGAAGUGUUGGACACCGAGUCCGAGGAGGAGCUGAGCCCCAGAGCCUUGAGGGACUUCUACCCAAAAGGUCCGAACUUGACCAGUGAGAAGCAGCUGCUUGGAGCUCUCCAAGAAGUUCUUGAAAAGCUGCAGGCUAAACGACUGCCUCUGUGGGAGAAGAAAUUUGGCCAAGUCCCGACGUGUGAUGUGGGAGAGCAGUGCGCCGUGAGAAAAGGAGCUCGGAUCGGCAAGAUGUGCGACUGUCCUCGGGGAGCUUUCUGUAACUUUUUCCUGCUGAAGUGCUUAUGAGCUUCGCCGGACCUGAAUGUAGUAUUGAAAUGAGGGGAGAGAGAGAGAGAGAAAAAAAAAGCUGUCACUCGAUUCCUUUGUAAUUACUGUCAUAUUUUUUAUGAUACAGCUGAGGAGCAGGCGGGGUGACUGCCCAACCCUUACGAGAAAGGACUAUGGUAGUUCUAUGAUAAGUAUAUAUUUAUAAAGUAUAUUAUUAUAUCACAGAAAAACUAUAAGUCUGCGUAAGGAUAUUAUGAUGAUGGACAGGAGAUGAGAAUACCACAAACAAUCAUAAAGUUACUGUAAAUAUUCAGAGCCACUCUAUGUCUGAAACCCGUAGGAUCAUUGUUGUGAUGUAGUAGGAGCUGAGAAAUAACCCAUAAUGCACAAUAAACUCACCUGAGGACCACAUACACACUGUAAAGUCUCGACAGCAAUAUUAUGGAAAUGUUAUAGUGAUUCUUCGUCUGGGCAAGAUCCAAAAUCUGUCUUUUGAACUUGAACUUUAUUUUGUUUCAGGUGAAUGUUUUGUGUAUGACUCAUGGAUAACUAUAAUAAACUGUGGAUCAUCUUGUUUUGUAAA